GAAAUGGCUCUGUCUCGCUCUGUCUGCACCCCGCAACUUCCCCAGGCAGGUGGCAUCAGAGCAGUUACCAGGGAUGCCAUCCUUUAAAACUGUGGUAUUGGCUUUGUCCCUGCCUGUGGAAAGACACGUGGAUUGUGGCUCCCCAAUAAUGGCCACAGGGAACCUGGGUGACCUAUAUUAUUUCUUUGCCUGAAGAACUAGAUAAACCAGGUUUAGCGACACUUCUUGAUGAACAUGGAACAGCUGGACACGGAUCUCACUCACUCUCCUAGGAAACCUUCAACCUGCACAAGCUACUCAACAUCUUAUUUCUCUUCAGGGCAGAGACAGGCCCUGGUGUGUUUCCUCACAAACCCACACUGUGGCAGCAUCAUUAAUGCUGAUGGCCAUGGUGAAGUGUGGACAGAUUGGAAUGAUGUGUCCAAGUUUUUCCAGUAUGGAUGGAGAUGCACCACUAAUGAGAAUUCCUAUUCAAUCCGUACUCUGAUGGGCAACUGGAACCAGGAAAGAUAUGACCUAAAGAAUAUUGUGCAGCCAAAACCCCUGCCUUCCCAGUUUGGACACUAUUUCGAAACAAUAUAUGACACAAGCUAUAACGACAAGAUGCCUCUUUCAACCCAGAGAUUUAACCAAGAGCCGCACUGGUUCCCAGGACAUCAACCGGAACUGGAUCCUCCCCAAUACAAAUGCACAGGAAAGUCCACGCACAUGAAUAGCUAUUCAAAACCUCAACUCACGCAUCAUCUUGAGUGUGUAUGGGAUCCUAGUAAUGACCAAUUUCACGGUCCACGAUUGUAAGAAAGAAAGGGAAGUUUUGUUUCUCCAGAAUAGAGUGUAGAAAGGAGCAGGUUCUAAGCACAACUAAGACCUUAGCUUGUAGGGAUACAAUCUGGCUUUCUGAAUAAAAUAUUCAGAAACUCUUCUCUGCCCCCGUUUAUUGUUGUAACAAAGGUUUAAAUGUUAAAUUUUAGUUGAUUUACUCUCAGUUCUCUAUCAGGGGUUGUGCAGGAGGAUCUAGAAAGAAUGAGUCCUCUGAAAUCUACAACCACUGUUCUUGUCUGCCUUCAUCAGUAAAUAAAAAGACAGCAGCAGUCACUAUUAGGUAAGUUCUGUUUAACUAGCCGCUUUCUGGAGAACAAGCCACGGGCACAUUGUGUACUUGGUCUGUGACACCAAGUUCUUUUGCUCGGUUAUUAACUGAUAGGUUGAAACUUCCAAGUCCACACACAGGCACUUCAGAAGAAUGUCCUAGU